AUGAGUCACAAGUAGGAGAUUUGGCUUUCGGGAAGGUAUUAAUGAUUAAUCUAAUGUAUUUUCAUGUUUUUAUGCAUGCUUCUCCAGAUGAUUCGUGUACCGAAAGUAAAGACAUAAGUUCUCUUCCUAACUUGACUUUUGCAUUUGUCGAGAAGUAUGCAAAAGAGUUGUCAGGAUGUCAGAGUACCGCAAAGGCCUACAAGUUUUUUGCUGAACCUGGAUAUUUACAUGAAAUGAAAGUUACAACCAAGGAUGAUUUAGCUGUCAUAAAUGCUCGAUGCUAUCGAUCAAUGAAGAAAAAUGAGCCUCCACAUGUACUUGAAACCAAGAUCAACAUUGUUAACAGUUCAAUUUCUGCAAGGUGUUCAUGUGUAGCUGGUGUUGGGGGAUACUGCCAUCAUGUCGUUGGAUUGCUGUUCUUUCUAGCCCAUUGCAAACAGCUAGGUCUUCGCUCAUUGCCCGAUUCAUUGACAUGCACUAGUAUGCCUCAAAGAUGGAGUGUACCCAGAGGAAAAAAGAUAGAAGAGAAGAAGAUUCAAGAUGUGCUUGUCAAAAAACCAAGAGCAGGGGCUAAUUUCACCAAAUUUAUUAAAAGCACACUAUAUUCACCUUCAAAUGUUUAUUUACCAAUGACAAAAGAAAAUUUUGAUGAUUUUGAAAGCAAACCAUUAAUAGCAAGUAUACUUCCAAGUGAAAAGAACCUUGCAAGUAUCCCACUUGUGCAAAGUAAAUUUGGAGAAGUUCCUAAAGGAUGUGUUCUUUCUUACCAGCAAAAGCUCUCUCAAGACUAUGUUAUCAAUGAUUUCAGUUGUACCAACUUUCCAAAACUACCAUUGGCUUCAGCGGAAAUGAGAUUUAAGAAUAAUUGUUCCAGUUGUCUCACAAAGCAACAACAAGCUUCUUUAGAUGCUAUAAUGAUUACUCAAGAAGAGUCACUUGAUAUCCAAGAGAAAACAAUCACUCAAAGUGCAAACAGUUUGUGGCAUAUGUUAAGAAGUAAAAGAAUCACAGCAAGUAAGUUUGGGAUUGUUGCAAGACGGUCGAGAGAUUUUGAAAAUCUUGUAAAACAGCUCAAUCCAUCUCGUCAUGUCAUAACUGCAGCUAUGAAAAGAGGCAUUGAUUUAGAAUCUACAGCUGCAAUGGCCUAUGCUAAUGUUGCUAAGAAUGGGUCUGUGAAUCUAUUUCCUUCUGGGUUAAUUAUUCAUCCCAGAUGUCCUUGGUUGGGCUGCAGUCCAGACCGAUUGGUAUAUGACCUACAAGCAGCUGAGAGUUGUUGCAACCCUUUUGGAUUGUUGGAAAUCAAAGUUGUCAAGGAAGGUGAAAAUGAAUUUGCUAAUGUUAGAUAUCUUUCAAAAAAUGUGGCUACAAAUGACUUUAUUUUGAAGAACACUGAUAUUUACUUUUACCAAGUACAGUGUCAGUUAGCUUUGACAGGUCUUGAGUGGUGUGACUUUUUUAGCUACAUAAGUGACACACAUUUUGUUUGCAAUAGGAUUAAAUUUAACAAAGACUUUUUUCAAGAGGCAAAAAAUAAGGUUGAUGGUUUUUAUUUUCAAUAUUUUUUAAAGUGAUUGUCGUAAACUUGUGAUAAUUUUCUACAAUUUUGUGAAAAUCUCUCUUUUAUUCUCAUAGUCAUAGUCUGUUACAUGUUUUUUAGCUACAUUUAAUUCUUUUUGACAAGACAACUGUAAUCCAAUA